AUGGUUAGGAUUAUUGCAGGAUCAUUUCACCACAUGGUCAUGGCACUACUUCUUGAUCGCCGAGGAGACGAUGUGAUGAUUACAGAAGAGGUGGUCAGGGAAGCAGCAAGGAAUUCCGAGAGUGGCACGGAGGUGAUGAAACUGCUUCUCGACCGCCGAGGAGACGAUGUGACUAUUACAGAAGAGGUAGUAAAGACAGCUGCAGGGAAUGCUGGGAGUGGCAAGGAGGUGAUGGAACUGCUUCUCGAUCGCCGAGGAGAUGAAGUGAUGAUUACGGAGGAGGUAAUUAAAACAGCAGCGGGGAAUUCUGGAUGUGGCAGUUGGGUGAUAGAACUGCUUCUUGACCGCCGAGGAGACGACGUGACGAUUACAAACGAGUUGUCAACGCAGCAGCACGGGAUGAGGAAUGCUCAAUGCGACAUAUCCACAGGUAAUGUCAUCAUAAACCAAAAAGAUGGCAACCCUCGUGGUAUGCCUUCUUAA